CCCGUCACCGUCACUCAGCCGAUACUUCACCGCCAGGGCCUCGCUUACAACCUUCUCCGCCCCCGUUGAGAUACGAGCGCCCUCGGCCAGGAGGCGGGCCCGGCUCGGCCCGAUCCACCUCAGCGGCCUCGGGGAGCCCCGCUCUACCUCCCACCUCCCUCCCUCCCUCCCUCUCGGUGGGCCGACAGCUGUGCGCUGGCCUCCCCGCCCCAUGUAAAUGGCGUCCGAUACGAGUGACACGGAGGCCGAGGAGUUCUACGACGCGGCUGAAGAUGUCAGUCUGGUCUCCUCACCGCCUGUGUCGCCAGCAAAAAUAAUCUUGGCUUCCACAAAGGAUAAAACAGAUAUUCACACACAGGAACUUGAACAAGAUUUGCCAUUUGAAGAACACAGUCAUGAAGAUAAUAAAGAUGAGAUCCUUGAUAAAGAAGAAUCCGAUUGCCACCCGAAGAAUCAGCCAAAGGAUGAAUCCUCAGAGAUUGGAGAAGAGAAUGGUGUAAAAACAGACCAAGUUGCAGUAACCACAUCAUCUGAAGCUAAUCUACUUAGCAGUUUCCCUGAGCUCUUAAUCACCGAUCAGAUAGUGUGUUCUAAGCCAAAGGAAUUCAUAGAGCAAAGUACCUUUGAUGAAAAGACUGAGAACACAGGUUUUCCACAAGAAACUCAGACAUCUUUAUCCUCUUUAGAAACUCAAUUAGUACUGCCAAUAAAUGAUGGGAAUAGAAAACCAGUUACUGAAAUGUGCCAGGAUAAAGCCAACGAAAACGCGUUUACAACUUCACAGCAGCCAUCAGACAAAGCUGAGAGAAUCAAAGAGGUCAAGAAGGCAGACAUUUUGGAAAAUGUUACUGAAGACUGUUUGCCCCUCCAAGAGGUGUUCUCAGCUGAAAAACAACCAACAAAACCGCCAAGACAGGUUAACAUUGAACCUGAUCUAAUAGUUAGCACCAAGAAACCUACGCCACUGAGACCUCCCCCACCAGGAACCAACGUGCCCCCUCCUCGACCACCACCACCUGCACGACCUGCCCCUCCGCCUCGUAAAAAGAAAAGUGACAUUGCCUUCGAUGCAAACAGACCUUCAGCUCUAGAAGUUCUUGCGGAUCCUGUUGCAUCCAGUGGGCUUGUGAGUCCCAGCACCGCUGUGGAAAAUCUAACCAAAGAACUGCAGCAUUCCUUAGAUCUUGCAAGUGCAACCAGUGGGGAAAAAAUUGUGACUGCACAGGAAAAUGGAAAAGUAACAGGAGAAUCUGAUGACCCUGGAGCUGAAGUUAUAGGACCACAAAGACCAAGAUCAAACUCUGGACGAGAACUUACAGAUGAGGAAAUUCUAGCAAGUGUGAUGGUAAAGAAUCUAGACACUGGGGAAGAGAUCCCUUUGAAUAUGGCCGAGGAAAAACUUCCCAAAGGCCUUAACCCUCUAACAUUACACAUUAUGCGCCGAACAAAAGAGUAUGUGAGUAAUGAUGCUGCGCAGUCAGAUGAUGAAGAAAAGAUCCAGCAAUCUGAGUCAGAUGGUCACAAAAUCAAGCAGAAGACGAAUCAGCUAAAGAAGUUUUUGGGUAAAUCUGUGAAGAGAGCCAAGCAUUUCGCUGAAGAAUAUGGUGAAAAAGCUGUAAACAAGGUGAAAAGUGUCCGAGAUGAAGUGUUCCACAUGGACCAAGAUGAUGCUUCAUCCAGUGAUGAUGAGGGAAUGCCUUACACAAGACCUGUUAAGUUCAAAGCAGCACAUGGCUUCAAAGGGCCUUAUGACUUUGACCAGGUUAAAGUGGUGCAAGAUCUCAGCGGAGAGCACAUGGGGGCUGUGUGGACAAUGAAAUUUUCACAUUGUGGCCGUUUACUUGCAACAGCUGGACAAGAUAAUGUUGUAAGGAUAUGGGUUUUAAAAAACGCUUGGGACUAUUUCAACAAUAUGAGAAUGAAAUACAACACUGAAGGACGCGUCUCACCAUCCCCUUCACAAGAAAGUUUAAAUUCAUCAAAAUCUGAUACAGACACAGGGGCUUACAGUGGAGCUGAAGAGUCUGAUCCUGAAGAUAAAAAUGCACCGUUUAGACAGCAUCCAUUUUGCAAAUACAAAGGACAUACUGCUGACCUUCUCGACCUUUCGUGGUCAAAGAACUACUUUUUACUGUCUUCGUCUAUGGAUAAAACAGUACGAUUGUGGCACAUAUCCAGAAGAGAGUGUCUUUGCUGCUUUCAACAUAUAGAUUUUGUUACUGCUAUAGCUUUCCAUCCAAGGGAUGAUAGGUAUUUCCUAAGUGGUUCUCUGGAUGGCAAACUCAGAUUGUGGAACAUUCCAGACAAGAAGGUAGCAUUAUGGAAUGAAAUUGAUGGACAAACAAAACUGAUAACAGCAGCAAAUUUCUGCCAAAAUGGCAAAUAUGCAGUGAUUGGCACCUAUGAUGGGAGGUGCAUCUUCUAUGACACUGAGCAUUUGAAGUAUCAUACCCAGAUCCAUGUCCGCUCGACCAGAGGGAGAAACAGAGUUGGGAGAAAAAUUACUGGCAUUGAACCAUUGCCUGGUGAAAACAAGAUCCUUGUGACUUCCAAUGAUUCAAGAAUUCGCCUAUACGAUCUUAGAGAUUUGUCCAUUUCUAUGAAAUACAAAGGCUAUGUUAACAGCAGCAGCCAAAUCAAAGCAAGUUUUAGUCAUGAUUACACUUACAUAGUAAGUGGAUCUGAAGAUAGAUACUUUUAUAUCUGGAGCACCUACCAUGAUGUCAGCAAAUUUACUUCAGUGCGAAGGGAUCGAAAUGACUUCUGGGAGGGCAUUAAAGCACAUAAUGCAGUGGUCACAUCAGCAAUAUUUGCCCCAAAUCCAAGCCUAAUGGUCCCAGAUGUACCCCAGGCAGAGAAAAGUGAGAAAACAGAAGGCGAUAACGUGAAUAUUGAUACUCCAGCAUUGGAUCAAAUACUUUCUGGUGCACAAAAAUCCAAUACUGCAGAGGUAUUCUUGUCCGCUGAUUUCACAGGAGCAAUCAAAGUUUUUAUCAAGAAAAAGAACUAAUUCUGUUAUAUUAUUGAAAUCAAACUCUGAUGUGGCAUAUUAUACUUUGUUGCAAAUACUGUGCUUAUAAUUACUACUGGUGACAUCGGAAAUUGAAACAUUGCAAUGGCUAAUACUGUUAUAAAUUCAGUUUUAAGCUCAAGUUCACAAAGUUGGUUUGGACAUGGAGAUUGGUUGUGCAGUAAAAAAAACAGCAGAAAUUGCUGUUAACAUCCUUGUGUGGAGCAUUUAAAGAUUAAAGUCCAUAAGUACCCUGUCCAUCCUCAGAAACAGUAUAGUUGUGCUUUGCAUAUUGAAUUUGUAUUUAUUUCUGUGAAUAUUGGUCACAGGAUCAGUUGUUGGGAUUCUGUUUGAAAAAAUAAAAAUUGAUUUCAUAGUUCAUAGUGUGCCUUGUAAGGUAUCUGGUAAAACUAGCUCUGGCCCAUUUGUGAAAGUGUAUCAAUGAUGAUCAUAGCGAAAAUCUGUUUUGUUUGUGGUUGAAUCAAUUUAACAGAAAUUACUGCCUAUGCAUUUUGUGCACAAGACGCAAUGUUUCUUUUAAAAGUUGAUACCAAGUUAAAAUAAUUACUGUCAAUUACAACUGCAAAUAUGCUUUGGGAAAAAAUAUCAAGAUGUUUCUAAAAUGUACGAAAUGCAUUGUUCUAAAAGUGCAUAGCCACUGAUAAUCCAGCUGUGUGCUUUUCCUUUGUUUUAUAUAUUCUGUUUUUGAGCUCUACCUUUUUUUACUCUGUACACUAGGUUAUGAAUAUCCGAUUUUCUUUGUGGCGUUUAUUGCCGAUACUUUUCAUUCUGCUGGUACUAGGCUGAAUGAAUUCUUGAACCAACCUUUACAUUGUGUUAAACCAAUUUAUGUUCAAACUGUGUAAAAUAGCUGUGAUGAAAUUUUAAUUUGUUUGUCGGCUUUGUGAUAAGAUGAGAGAACUGUUUGCUGUUAUGGCACGUGGCACUCAGAUAGGGACAUCUAUGUAUAUAAGACUAUUCAAUACCAAUGAAAUAGCAUUCCUAGAUCAAUUGCACUAGUGAGUGUUAUUGAUGGUUGUUAGUCUGAAAUAAGCAAAAUGUAUAAAUAAAGAUUGCUUUGUCAACAGUGAA